UAUGUAAAGCGGCGGAUUAACGGGGCCCGGCCCGGUGCCGGCCGGCCGGCGGCGCGAUGGGAGCAGCGAGCAGCGGCCCCGGCGCGGCCCCGGCGCAGCCCCCCCAGGGCCGCGCCGUGGCGUCGUGGCUGCGGGCGCUGCUGGGCCGCCCGGGGCCGGGGCCGGGGCCGGGGCCGGGGCCGGGACGCGCCCUGGCCGCGCGGGGCCCCGCCGAGGAGCCGCCGGCGCCCGGGUGGCCGCAGCUCGCCUCGCUCUUCCUGCCGGAGUUCCCCGUGCGCCCCUCCGCCCGCCAGCAGCAGCUCAAGAUCCUGGGCUUCGUGGCCAAAGGCUCCUUCGGGACCAUCCUCAAAGUGCUGGACUGCGGGCGGGAGAAGGUCUGCGCCGUGAAGGUCGUGCCCAAGGUGGAGGUGCUGCGCCGUGACACCCUCAAGCAGUGCAAGGAGGAAGUGAGCAUCCAGAGACAGGUCAGGCACCCGUUCGUUCACUGCCUCGGGGACAGCUGGCAGGGCCAGCGCCACCUCUUCAUUAUGUGCACCUACUGCAGCACCGGAGACCUGCACGCGCGGUGGCUGGCCGCCGGGUGCUUUGCCGAGGCCACCGUCCGCCUCUUCGCCGCCGAGCUGGUGCUGGUGCUGGUUUAUCUCCACGACCUGGGCAUCGUGCACAGAGACGUGAAGAUGGAGAACAUCCUCCUGGACGAGCGAGGGCACCUCAAGCUCGCCGACUUCGGGCUCUCGCGGCACCUGCGGCGGGGCGAGCGGGCGCGCACCAUCUGCGGCACCCUGCACUACAUGGCCCCCGAGGUGCUGAGCGGGGGGCCCUACGGCCACGCCGCUGACUGGUGGUCCCUGGGCAUCCUGCUCUUCGCCCUGGCCAGCGGGAAGUUCCCGGUGGCACCGGCGCCGGACCAUGUGGCCAUGCUGGAGCGCGUCAACCACAGCACCUACGAGAGCCCCGGCGCCCUCAGCCCGGAGCUGGCCCGGCUGCUCGCAGAGCUGCUGUGCCGAAACCCGCUGCGGCGCCUGCGCUACCUCCACCACUUCCAGGGCCACCCCUUCUUCCGGGGGGUGGCCUUUGACGCCGAGCUGCUGCAGAAGGACCCCGUGGACGCGGCCGUGGCCCCGCGGCCGGCGGAGGAGCCCCUGCCCGAGGCCGCCGUCACCUUCGACGACUUCGACUGCGACCUCGCCGCCCCCCCGGGCCGGCCCUGGCCCGGCUGAGCCCGCACCCUGCCAGCCCGAGGCCGUGCCCGGCGCCCGGGCCCCCUUCGACAUCACUCAGGGAGAACCCCUUCUCUGGCACCGGGUCGGAGGCCGCCGUGCCGGUGCCCCCUUCCCCACCAACGCCGUACCUCUCCGCGCGCUCGGCGGGAGCAAUAAACCAGAGACCCCCGGGCAUCGCCGCUGCCCCCAAGUUGCCUCGGCCCUGUACCGGUUCAGGGGCGAGAGCGGGAUGCUCCAGAGCGGGAUGCUCCAGAGCGGGAUGCUCCAGACCAGGAUGCUCCGUCUCC